AUGUGUAAGGUCCUUGCCAUGCAGCCUGCAGGUCCCCCAAAAUCAAGGACGCCAGCCGCGCCCUUGUAUCCCAUAUUGCCCGAUAGUCAGGACCUACUAUCCCUAGACCCUCCACCCUAUCAUCCCCCUCCCCUCACACCCCAGGCCCUGCCCACAGCAGCCGCCCCACCAGUCGCCCCGCUAGUUGCCCCCCUAGGGGAACCAGGAGGACGGGAAGCGGUAGCUGCACCAGAACCAGGAGGACGGGAGGCAGCAGCCGCGCCGGGCCCCAUUGAAAAUGAAACCAACCACGAGGGGCCAGCCGGCCGAACCCGCGGGCGCACCCAGCAGGAGGGAGAGAGGAUCCAAUUAGAAGCAAGAAAGCUGGUUCCCGGAGACGACGGUCGGCCGACAUCUAACCCUGACCUCAUUAAUGCGGCUUUCCCCCUAACCAGACCUCCACAGGACGAAUGGGACUACAACACGGCAGAAGCCUUGCAGAGGGUCCAUGAAGAUGUAUGGCCCAAAUUAAAGGAACUCUAUGAGACUGGACCCCCGCCUAUUCCACAUCAAUUCCGGCCAGGGGAUUGGGUCCUCGUCAAACAUCAUCGGCAGGGAACUCUGGAGCCCAGGUGGAAAGGACCCUUCCAGGUCCUCCUGACAAUGCCUACUGCCAUCAAAGUAGACAGAAUCGCCACCUGGAUCCAUUUCGCCCAUGCCAAACCAGUGGACCUGUUCUCAGACCUCAUCGGACCUUCAAAGACAACCUGGACUGUUGAUCGGACUAAGGACAAGCCUUUAAAAUUGACCCUACACCGCCAACGGACUGAGCCGUAACUAUGGUACUUGCCCUUCUCUUGGUUGUUCUGCAAAUUCUGUCUGUAAAUCCAAACCCCCACAACCCCUAUAAUU